GUAUGGAGGCAUGGCCAGUUUCCAGCCCCGCGCUCCUCGUUCCUCCCCAGCCUGCGCUGGAGCCACAACUUUCAGGAGCAUGGACUGAAGGCGCCCUCGCCCCAGCGCCACUGUGAGAUCCUUUGUGUUUUCCUGCGUUUCCUCCGGCCGUUUCUAUUUUGGGGGGCUUUUCGCUCCCCCCGCCUCUCCCCUCCCCUUCCCCGCUCGCAAACAUGCCUCCUUCCUUCCCCGGGCCCUGGAAGGAGCUGCCUGCCUGAAGCCCGGAGACGCCGCGCCGCGCUCAGCCCCGCCGCCGCCCGCCGGCUCUCGGGCUGCGCUGCGCCGCCGACUCAAGUUGGGGAUCUUCGGCUGCUCGCCGCUGCCGCCUGCGGUCCCUGCCUGCCCCGGGCCCCGGGCAUCGUCGCCGCCCGCCGAUUACUCGCCCUGCUCGCUCGGCUUGCUCUUUUUUUGAACGGAAAGCAGCCCAUCUCCACCGAGGAUCGUCCCCAGCGUGGCUCCGCGUUCCCGGUCACUUUUUUGAGAUUUUUCCGGGGGGCGCUCGGCGGCUUCCCGGAUUCCAGGGGGACUCGGACCGCCGAGAGCGGGGGGCCCGUAGAGCGGGCGAACAGGGGAAGAGCCAGGGCUUAGCGGAGGCUCACACGGAGACAAGAACUUACUCAACAAGUUUACCCCCCAGCCUUCCUCUUUUCGAUGUGCGUUUUCGGACAUGCGGAGGUUACUGGAACCGUGUUGGUGGAUUUUGUUCCUGAAAAUCACCAGUUCCGUGCUCCAUUAUGUCGUGUGCUUCCCCGCACAUUUGGUUUCUGGAGGAUGGAAACGAAGCCUUUAGUUUCUUUUGUGGUUGGUUGCCUUCUCUUGCCUCGCUGUCCUGCAACCAUGCUGACCUUGACGGAAGGCUACGUCGGGGCCCUGCACGAGAACAGACACGGCAGCUCAGCGCAGAUCCGCCGGCGUAAGGCCUCAGGUGACCCGUACUGGGCCUACUCAGGUGCCUAUGGUCCUGAGCACUGGGUCACAUCUAGUGUCAGCUGCGGGGGCCGUCUCCAAUCUCCCAUAGACAUUGUAGACCAGCAUGCACGGGUCGGCGAAGAGUACCAGGAGCUGCAGCUGGAUGGCUUUGACAAUGAGUCUUCUAACAAAACCUGGAUGAAAAACACAGGGAAGACAGUUGCCAUCCUUCUGAAGGACGACUAUUUUGUAAGUGGUGCUGGCCUGCCUGGCAGAUUCAAAGCCGAGAAGGUGGAAUUUCACUGGGGACACAGCAAUGGCUCUGCGGGCUCAGAACACAGCAUCAACGGGAGGCGCUUUCCUGUCGAGAUGCAGAUUUUCUUUUAUAAUCCAGAUGACUUUGACAGCUUUCAAACCGCAAUUUCAGAAAACAGAAUAAUCGGAGCCAUGGCCAUAUUUUUUCAAGUCAGUCCAAGGGACAAUUCCGCACUGGAUCCUAUUAUCCAUGGGUUGAAGGGCGUCGUACAUCAUGAGAAGGAGACCUUUCUGGAUCCUUUCGUCCUCCGGGACCUCCUGCCUGCGUCCCUGGGGAGCUAUUACCGGUACACGGGUUCUCUGACCACCCCACCGUGUAGCGAAAUCGUGGAGUGGAUCGUCUUCCGGAGGCCUGUCCCCAUCUCUUACCAUCAGCUCGAGGCUUUUUACUCCAUCUUCACCACGGAGCAGCAAGACCACGUCAAGUCGGUGGAGUAUCUGAGAAAUAACUUCCGACCACAGCAAGAGCUGAACGGCAGGGUGGUGUCCAAGUCUGCGGUCCGAGAUGCCUGGAACCACGACAUGACAGACUUCUUAGAAAACCCCCUGGGGACAGAAGCCUCUAAAGUUUGCAGCUCUCCGCCAGUCCACAUGAAGGUGCAGCCUCUGAACCAGACUGCGCUGCAGGUGUCCUGGAGCCAGCCCGAGACCAUCUACCACCCGCCCAUCAUGAACUACAUGAUCUCCUACAGCUGGACCAAGAACGAGGAUGAGAAGGAGAAGACGUUCACGAAGGACAGCGACAAGGACUUGAAAGCCACCAUUAGCCAUGUGUCCCCUGAUAGCCUUUACCUGUUCCGGGUCCAGGCGGUGUGUCGGAAUGACAUGCGCAGUGACUUCAGCCAGACGAUGCUCUUCCAAGCUAAUACUACUCGAAUAUUCCAAGGGACCAGAAUUGUUAAAACAGGAGUGCCCACAGCAUCUCCUGCCUCGUCAGCCGACAUGGCCCCCAUCAGCUCGGGCUCUUCCACCUGGACAUCCUCCGGCAUCCCCUUCUCAUUUGUCUCCAUGGCAACUGGGAUGGGUCCGUCCUCUAGCGGCAGCCAGGCGACCGUGGCCUCAGUGGUCACCAGCACGCUCCUGGCUGGCCUGGGCUUCAGCGGCGGUGGCAUCCCCUCCUUUCCCAGCACGGUGUGGCCCACACGCCUGCCCACGGCCGCCUCUGCCAGCAAGCAGGCCGUCAGGCCUGUCCUGGCCACCACGGAGGCCUUGGCUUCCCCAGGCCCUGACGGCGACUCGGCACCGAGCAAGGACAGCGAGGGCACAGAAGAAGGGGAGAAGGAUGAGAAAAGUGAGAGCGAGGACGGGGAGCGGGAGCACGAGGACGAGGGGGAGAAGGACCCUGAGAAGAAGAAGAGCGGGGUGACCCACGCUGCCCAGGAGCCAAGGCAGGACGAGCCCACCCCCACACCAUCGUCCGCCAACAGGACGGCCGAGGAGGGGGGGCAUCAGACUCUGCCCGGGCCCAGGCAGGACUUCACUGCCGACCCCACAGACCAGCCCGAUGACGUGAGGGAUGCCCGCCACGGCCUGGACUCUGGCUCGGUCACCUCCACCCAAGUGCCCCCCACAGUCACAGAGGAGCGUUUCCAAGGGAGCGAUUCCAGGAGGCCCCAGAUGCCAUCGAAAAAGCCCAUGUCCCGAGGGGACCGAUUUUCUGAGGACAGCAAAUUUAUCACUGUUAAUCCAGCAGAAAAGAACACCUCUGGAAUGAUAAGUCGUCCUUCUCCAGGGAGGAUGGAGUGGAUCAUCCCUCUGAUUGUGGUAUCAGCCUUGACCUUCGUGUGCCUCAUCCUUCUCAUCGCUGUGCUAGUUUACUGGAGAGGGUGUAACAAAGUAAAGUCCAAGGGCUUUCCCAGACGUUUCCGUGAAGUGCCUUCUUCUGGGGAGAGAGGAGAGAAGGGGAGCAGGAAAUGUUUUCAGACAGCUCAUUUCUAUGUGGAAGAUAGCAGUUCACCUCGGGUCGUCCCCAAUGAAAGUAUCCCUAUUAUCCCUAUUCCGGAUGACAUGGAAGCCAUUCCUGUCAAACAGUUUGUUAAACACAUUGGUGAGCUCUAUUCUAAUAACCAGCAUGGGUUCUCCGAGGAUUUUGAGGAAGUCCAGCGCUGUACGGCUGAUAUGAACAUCACUGCAGAACAUUCCAAUCAUCCAGAUAACAAGCACAAAAACAGAUACAUCAACAUUUUAGCAUAUGAUCACAGUAGGGUGAAGUUAAGACCUUUACCAGGAAAAGACUCUAAGCACAGCGACUACAUUAAUGCAAACUAUGUCGAUGGUUACAACAAAGCGAAAGCCUAUAUCGCCACCCAGGGACCUUUAAAGUCUACAUUUGAAGAUUUCUGGAGGAUGAUUUGGGAACAAAACACUGGAAUCAUUAUCAUGAUUACAAACCUUGUGGAAAAAGGAAGGCGAAAAUGUGAUCAGUAUUGGCCAACAGAGAAUAGUGAGGAGUAUGGAAACAUUAUUGUCACACUGAAGAGCACAAAAGUACAUGCCUGCUACACUGUUCGUCGUUUUUCAGUCAGAAAUACAAAAGUGAAAAAGGGUCAGAAGGGAAAUCCUAAGGGUCGUCAGAAUGAACGGGUCGUGAUUCAGUAUCACUACACUCAGUGGCCUGACAUGGGAGUUCCUGAGUAUGCACUCCCGGUCCUGACCUUUGUGAGGAGAUCCUCGGCCGCCCGGACACCAGAAAUGGGCCCUGUGUUGGUGCACUGCAGCGCUGGUGUGGGCAGGACAGGCACCUAUAUCGUAAUAGACAGCAUGCUGCAGCAGAUCAAAGACAAAAGCACAGUUAACGUCCUGGGAUUCCUGAAGCAUAUCAGGACACAGCGUAACUACCUCGUCCAGACUGAGGAGCAGUACAUUUUCAUCCAUGAUGCCUUGUUGGAAGCCAUUCUAGGAAAGGAGACCGAAGUAUCUUCGAAUCAGCUGCACAGCUAUGUUAACAGCAUCCUCAUACCGGGAGUAGGAGGAAAGACACGGCUGGAGAAACAAUUCAAGCUGGUUACACAAUGUAAUGCCAAGUAUGUGGAAUGCUUUAGUGCUCAGAAAGAGUGUAACAAAGAAAAGAACCGAAACUCUUCAGUCGUGCCAUCUGAGCGUGCCCGAGUGGGUCUUGCACCGUUGCCUGGAAUGAAAGGAACAGAUUACAUUAAUGCUUCUUAUAUCAUGGGCUAUUAUAGGAGCAAUGAAUUUAUUAUAACCCAGCAUCCUCUGCCACAUACUACGAAAGAUUUCUGGCGAAUGAUUUGGGAUCAUAAUGCACAGAUCAUUGUCAUGCUGCCAGACAACCAGAGCUUGGCAGAAGAUGAAUUUGUAUACUGGCCAAGUCGAGAAGAAUCCAUGAACUGUGAGGCCUUUACCGUCACCCUUAUCAGCAAAGACAGACUGUGCCUCUCUAAUGAAGAACAAAUUAUCAUCCAUGACUUUAUCCUUGAAGCUACACAGGAUGACUACGUCCUAGAGGUUCGGCACUUCCAGUGUCCCAAAUGGCCUAACCCAGAUGCCCCCAUCAGCAGUACUUUCGAACUUAUCAAUGUCAUCAAGGAAGAGGCCUUAACAAGGGAUGGCCCUACCAUUGUUCAUGAUGAGUAUGGAGCAGUUUCAGCAGGAAUGUUGUGUGCCCUUACCACCCUGUCCCAGCAACUGGAGAAUGAAAAUGCUGUGGAUGUUUUCCAGGUUGCAAAAAUGAUUAAUCUUAUGAGGCCUGGAGUAUUCACAGACAUUGAACAAUACCAGUUUGUCUACAAAGCGAUGCUCAGCCUGGUCAGCACUAAAGAAAACGGAAACGGUCCCAUGACAGCGGACAAAAAUGGUGCUGUUCUCAUUGCGGAUGAAUCAGACCCUGCCGAGAGCAUGGAAUCUCUAGUGUGAUUGGAAUCCCGGAAGGGCACUGAAUUUGUAAAACUUCUGAAGACUGAGAACUUUUUUGAGGCCUUUUUUGCCAGACUCUAGGUUAUACAAUAACCCAGUUACUUUUUUACACUGAUAAAAGUUUUGAUAUUUAUUUUUUGCCAUUUUAUGUCUUAAUGGUAUCCUACUGAGCAUUUGCACCUCUGUUCAUUUCACACAGUGAAACGCAGUUUUCCCCAGUUUGCACUAUACGAUCAGUGUUACUGCCUAUAAUCUAAUACUAAAGCCCUGAUGUGACAUUCCAUGACAACAUACAUGCUACUUUUUAGUUCAGUACAGUGAAGGUCUUUGUUAUGACAGUGAAUCUUGGUUUAUGUUUAUUAUUAUUAUUAUUAUUGUUAUUGCUAAAGCAGUUGCAUCCUCCUAGCAGGCAAUGCUGAACUUUUCCUCAGUCCUCUCCUAUUUUUUUCAGGCACUGUUCCGUACUGUCUGCCUUCUGUAUUUUAAUGGAGUGAAUGGGCAUUGUUUUCUUUUAAGGAAUAGCAGGUUCCUGGGAGCUACUAAGACAGUCUAUCAACCUCAUGGCCUUGAAACAGUUCUACUUAUGAUGGUGAAGGUAUCCAUUAAGAAAUUAGAAGGCUUUAAGAGCUUUAUGUGAACAUCACUUAUUAGUUAAAGUUAUAUUCAUAGCCUAAAAAAAUGCCCAACUGUGUCAAAAUAAAGGAUAUCUCUGUAUUACAAUUUUCACAGUAGCUAUGUGGACGGUGUGUGUUAUUUCCAUCUUGACCCUCUGAAAUAGCUAUACCCUACAAUGAGGGCUAUCUUUUACAAUAGAGAUAUGGCAAUAUUUUACACAUCUCACCUAUCCCUUUAGUAACUCUCCAUUCACGCUUCUUGGUUUCUAAUAUCACACCUCAUGGCAGGUAAUAUAAUGAAAAUUUCUGCAGGUGAAUAAUUUUGAAAUUAGUCCUCUAAAGUAUCCCUAUUACUCACAGCUAUCUAAUAAAAACUACCUAUAUAGUUAACAUUCUUUUCUUUCCUUCUUUGCCAAAUAUUUCCUAAUAAAUCCCAUAAUUACAUACAUUCUUCUACUUAUGAUGAAAGUGAAAAUACUGUAUUAGCUAGUCUGGGAUAGAUUCCCAAGUCUUACAUAGAUUCCCACACAUCGAUAAGUCCGAUUCAGAGAGAGAAAUCAGAAUCUUAAACAGAAGGAGAGAUCAACAUUCUCAAGUAGAUUUCAAAAGAAGGAGAUGUGUCUUUGUGUGCUUUUGUGUUGUGGAUCCUCAAGAACAGACACACUUCACAAGAGGCUGAUAAUCAUUACACAGAACCCAAGAAAGUUACGAGAUCUAGCCUCUGGAGCCAUAUUUACCCUGCAGUAACUACAUAAUUGGGAAAUUAGAAGCAUUAAUAAGAAAUUUCAGUUCAGUUAGAAAAAUAAGCUACUACUGAGAUCUGUUCUUGUAUUUUGUAUUUGCAUUUGAGGAAUAACUUCUGUUAGAAGUGAAAUCAUCACCACAAAGAAAAGGCCUGUCACAAAGAAAAAA